AUGUGCUCCCUAGGGCUCUUCCCGCCCCCGCCGCCCCCCGGGGACAUCACCCUCUACGAGUUCAACAACGCCUUGGUCUGCGGCCGCCUCUACGAGCAACUGCCGCUCGCCUUCCAGAGCCAGCUGGCCGACCUGCCCGUCCUCAGCCUGCCCAAGGAAACCCUCAAGGCUCACAGCCGGCUGGAGCACAGCACCCGGCCGGCCUUCAUCCACCACCGCGAGUCCCUCUGGAAGAGAUGCCUCAGCGCCUGGCGGGACGUGGGGCUGUGCGGGGUGCUGAAAGAGAUCGCCAGCGCCGAGGAGGAGGGGCUGCAGUGGGUGAAGACGGGCUCGAGCUACCUGCUGGCCGUGUGCCACUGGCUCUCCUCGCUGCACGGCUCCUUGUUCCCCCACCUCUCGCUAACCAGCGAAGACAUGAUCGCGGCGUUCUCCCAGGCAGUGGACUGGGCCGGCUGCACCAUCCGGGCCUUCGCCUGGCACCCCCACACCAGCAAGUUUGCUGUGGCUCUUCUGGAUGACUCCAUUCGGGUCUACAACUCCAACAGCGCCACCAUCCCCUCGCUGAAGCAUCGCCUGCAGAGGAACGUGGCCGCCAUGGCCUGGAAGCCGCUCUGCGCCUCCAUCCUCGCCGUCGCCUGCCAGAGCUGCGUCCUGGUGUGGCACCUGGAUCCCACCUCCCUCUCCACGAGACCGUCGUCCGGCUGCGCUCAGGUGCUGUCCUACCCUGGGCACAGCCCUGUCACCAGCCUGGCGUGGGCUCCCAGCGGGGAGCUGCUGCUCUCGGCGUCACCGGUCGACACGGCCAUGCUGGUGUGGGACGUAUCCACCGAAAACUGCGUCCAGCUGCAGUGGUUUGGGGGCGGUGGCGUCACUUACUUGGCUUGGUCACCGGAUGGCAGCAAGGUCCUGGCGGCCACUCCCUCCGCGGUGUUCAGAGUGUGGGAGGCUCAGAUGUGGACGUGCGAGCGGUGGCCCACCAUCAAAGGACGCUGCCAGACAGGGUGCUGGAGCCCUGACGGCAGCCGACUGCUCUUCACCGUGCUGGGCGAGUCCGUCAUCUACUCCUUGUCCUUCUCGGAGUACCGGGGGGAGAUGCAAGGGCAAGUGGGAGGCUCGAAAACAGCUUCUAUCGUGGCAGAUCUGUCGGAGACCACCUUCGAGACGCUCUACGGGGAGGAGAGGAUCGGAGGAGAAGUCCAUUCCAUGGUGUGGGACCCCACCGGCGAGAGACUGGCGGUGAUCAUCAGAGGUAAGCCCGACGUUCCCGGGAGCCAGACGGUCAUCGCUGUGUUUCGUACCCGCAACAGCCCUGUGUUUGAGCUCCUGCCGUGUGGUUUCCUGCGAGGGGAGCGUGGCGCCCAGCCCCAGCUCAUUGCCUUCCACCCCUGCUUCAAGAAGGGCGCCCUCCUGACCGUGUGCUGGUCCACGGGGAAGAUCAGCCACGUCCCCUUCUUCUUCGUCAGUGCCCACGUCCCCCGUGCCAGCCCCAGCCGCAGCCCCGUCAUGGCCAGCGCCAGCGUGCGGGAGCAGCCCCUCUUCUCGGAGCUGUGA